AUGCGUUUCUUCUCAGCACAACACGAAUUCGACUAUUCCUGGGAAGAGGUCAGCACAAACAAUUGGCGAAAGUACUGUCCAUGGAACGAUAAAGCCGAACAUGUCCUGGCCGUAGACACCCUCUCCCGAAGUCUGGACUCGGAGACACACAUCCUACGAACAGAACGGCUCAUAACAGUCAAGCAAGCCGCGCCAGCUUUGAUGAAGCGGUUCCUCGGCGCCGAAGACACAUCGUAUGUGUACGAAGUCAGCUAUGUGGAUCCCCAGGCUAAGCGCGUCACCAUGCUUUCACAGAAUAUGACUUGGUCGGAGCUUUUGAGUGUCCAAGAAAAGGUGCAAUAUACACCUAGCUUGACUCCUGGAAAAACGACCUUUGAGCAAAGCGCGAAGAUCAUUGCGUUGUGUGGUGGCUGGCAGAAGAUUAAGAAUACCAUCGAGGAGUUCAGUGUGGAGAGGUUUAAGCAGAAUGCUGUCAAGGGGCGAGAAGGUUUCGAAAGAGUGCUUGCCGUUAGCAGGCAGGUCUUUGCGGAGCAGCGUGAGCAGGCGCGAAGGGAGAAGGCUGUUCUCUGA